UACUAUUUAACCUCCUUCCUUGGAGGAGCGCUUCCGCUCUCGCUUGGUGAACGGAUGAGCCUGCGGGAAGACUUCUCUGUGCUCAUGCUGCUUUUCAGUUUUCCACGCGGCUAGAAAUCGACCUGGGAGUAUGCUGACACCAGUGAGCAGGUGGGGCGAUAGCCCCUGCGCUAGCAUCUCCAUUUACAGAAGUUUUUCCUAGGCCUCCAGAAAUUGUUGACGGCUUCUUUUUGCUCCACAUCUCUUCUAGCCUCCCUGUUUUUAAUCCCUUUGCAGCCGCCCACCCUUCCCCCCACUCUAUUAUGUAUGCUCGGGCUCCCCGUGUGCUUAGAUUGGCUGAAACUGGCAGCACUGAGGAUCUUGUGGGUCCUGGAUCCUACCAGGUGCCUUUCCUGAAGCAGCAGGCAACAGGUAAGGUUGGCUAUGCACCAUUCCUUUCUUUGGCUGCCAGAGAAAGUACUUUUACUGUUGCCUCUAACACUGAGAAAGCUGUUCCAGGUCCAGGACACUAUAAUGUUUCAGAGGUGCAGAAAAUGUCAAGGGCACUUACAGUUUCCAGAAGUGUUGAUGUUCCUUCAAUUCCUUCUUGUGGACGGUCAUAUGGUUAUCAUAUUAAUGAGGAUGGCAGUAUCACAGAACAUUUUCCACCUGCUAUUGACAGUACACUAGGUCCAGCAUACUAUAAACCUCAAUUUGAUUUUUCCAAUGUAACUUUGAAAUACAAGGGGAUGCAUUUUGGCAACUCUUUGGGAAGACUAGAGUUACCUGUAAAGUCAGGGCCUGGUCCUGGACAGUAUGAUAUAACCCAGAAAAAGGCACUACAUUAUGAAAAUAUUAACAUCAAGAAAGAUCAACAGCAAAAUCAUUGCUCAAAUCUCCCAUGACUUUAUGAAGUAAUAAUAUUGCAGGAGGAAAAAAAGAGGUUUUUCCCUAUGAAAUCAAUCACCCCAGCUCCUGGUGCAUAUAAUGAAUCUCGAACUGCUUUCAAGCCCUUGAAGAAAACACCAGGACUGAAAAAUACCUCAUUUGGUCAAAGUGCUACUCAAUUCACACAAGACUCUAGGACAGAGAAAAUUCCAGGUCCUGGGUUUUAUAAUAUCCAAAACAAUACUUUAAUUGACAACUUUAGCAAUACCUGCUUGAAGAAACAAAAGAAAAGUGCAUUUGGUUCUUCUGUUCCUCAGUCUCUCUUCCUGGUUCAGAAAGUUUUUCCUACUCCUGGGCCUGCUGGCUAUAAGGCCUGUGAAAUUUCUGAUGAACUACCUAACUUGACUAAUCGAUAUGCUGCUUUCUCGUCAAGAACAGAAAGAACUACUAAAGUAUCAGAUAUGGAUGUUCCAGCACCAGGCACCUAUGAUGUUCAAAAAUCAUAUGAGAUGUCUCAAGUUCAGCAUAAAUACAUGCCACCUCGUAGUUUGGUGGCCAGAAUAAAACAUGCCUCGUUUCUUAGCACAACUCGUCGGUGCCUGGACAAAAUGAAUGAUGGGCCAGGGCCUGCAACAUACAAUCCUGUUUUAAAGAAAUCUUGCUCCAUACCCUUAUUUGUUAAAGCAUCAAAGCGUUUUAAAGAUUCCAAAGAGAUUACUCCUGGUCCAGCGACAUAUGAGGGUAAUUUCUACAUUCUUAGGGUCUGCAAUUCCGUUACCAUUGUUUGGAUUAUCACUGCAUACAUGCGUUACUUAUCACUUGAUCACUCCAAAAUUCAUAAAUGCUUCAAAGCCUGGCACCUAAGCUGGAAUUUUUAUUUGAGUCUGCCCGGUAGUAGAUCUAUGACCUUAGGUGAGUCAUAGUCUAUGACCUAUGAGUGAGUUUCCUUACUGGUAAAGGGAUCCAUGAUAUUUGUAAUAGGGAUUCAGAGAAGACUGAACAGGAUACUGAAAAUAAAGUUGGUAAAGCUGUUAGCAUAAAGCUUGAGAUUUAACAAAUGUUCAGGUAAUUUACUUGUUUUCAUUUUAUUAUUCAAAAUGCCUUAGUGUUAUCUACAAAUUGAAGAGAAAACAAUGCAGGACUUUCUCCAGGUCACUCAACAAAAUUUAUACAAGGCUGUGUCAAUUUUCUUCUAGGUUAGUUUGCUGUAACAAAUGACCCUCCCUCAAAUCUCAAGUAGUUUAUAAGAACAAAAUUUUUUGUAGUUU